AUGGUUGAGAGCCGUGUUAAUUCAAGUCAGGCACGGGAGACAGUCGGCUUGGAACUCUUAACAUAUUUCACCAGAAAGACCAUUGUUUCUUCCACUAUCCAGGCCUCCAAUGUACCGACGAUGGCUUCAAUAAGCUCGACCUCCCGCGGUGUAUGCGGCUCGGUGUGGCCCAAGCUCCAAGCUCCCAAGCUCCCCCAAAACUUUCACCUCACACCUGGUUUACCCUUUCGUCUUCCUCACACAAACUUCAUCUCAUCCACGAAUUUCCUCACGCCAUCUAGUCAUCCUUUCCCCUCAUGA